GUCCCUCCCACCAGCAUCAUCGUCUCCACUCCAAAUGGCUACCUUGGUGAAGCAACUGCCCCUUCUCUUCCUCUUCCUCCUCGCCUUCUCUGCGUCCCAAGCAAUCCAUGCAAGAGAGAGCCAGUUCUUCAGUAAGACCUCAAGAGAAGAACCCAAGGAAGCCGCUGCACCCUCAAAGGGAGAGGCUCCUGCGGCCACCAAGAAGGAAGAUCCCCCUGCGCUCCCUCCCCAAAGCCAUAAUGGCCAUGGCCUUUACGGGCGUGGCCCCUACCGGUUCUCGCCCACCACCACGAGCAGCUACGGCACCUACAACUACAACGGCGGCGCCCGUGGGAAUCGCGAUUCUACCUUCCAAUCCGGCGUCCCGGCUGGCACUGAGCUGGGCGGCGAAGAGAAAUUCGAGAACGGGGAGGAGUAUCAUGCGGUGUACAACUACGGCACGCGAUGGAAGCCUGACAACAACCGCCCCUCGUCGUUCUCGAACGAGUACGAGACGACGCCGACGACGACGCCGCCGGCGGAGUGGAAGGGCGAGACCGAUCCCACCAAGCAGUACGGCAUGAGCGACACCCGGUUCUUGGAGAACGGCAAGUACUUCUACGACGUUAAUGCCGAAGGGAAACAGUACGCACAGCGUUCCUACCAGUGGAGGGGAAACCCUGAAGGAUAUGAGCCGUACACCGGCGCAAGAACUGGCGGCUAUGGCGACAGAAGAUAUGGUUCUUGGAGGGGCGGCUACGGACACAGCAAUGCCGGGGAAGAGUACCAGGGCAGCCAAGAGGACUACGUUCCUUGAUAGACCCGCCGCCAUUGUAGUAGCUAAUGACUCUCCAAAGCAUUUGGUUUCAGCAAGUGUGUUGAUGUUCGAGUCAUUCUCAAUGUUUCUUUCUUGAUGCUUCUCAUCAUGCAUUCGGGUAGUACGAUCGAAAUGUAAUGUUUCAGAUAUCGAGAAGUAUUAGUGGUUCGUCGAUUAAUAGA